UUUUUUGAAUUUUGAGACGCAAGAAAAAUAUUACAAAGGAGGUAUGGUACGAUUAAGUCAAACGAUUUUGGAUUCGUCAAACCUGAACGAAGUUAUAGUUUGCGAUACGUUGGCCUGCUCCCGUUAUGGAGAGAAAAUCCCGAGGAGGAGGGACUGGGGUGGUUCACCAAAUAAACGAGGAAGGUUAUGGAUAAGGGUGGCAUCGGGAAUCAAAUUUGUGUUGUAUCCCGAGUGGUCAUCAGUUGGUUUAUCAGGUGGUACGAGGUUUCAAAUGUUUUCUUAUCGAAUCCAAGAAAUCGUUCAUUAA